AUGCAAAUCCAACUCUCAACAACUCUAGCUGUAGUCAUAAUACUACAGUUCCUCUGUUCUUGGGCUUGCACCCCAAAUGAAAGAAGGGCUCUACUAAGCCUCAAAGCUGGCCUAACAGAUCGUCGGGGUCGCUUAGCUUCAUGGGAAGGAAAUGGAGACUGUUGUACUUGGAAAGGAAUCAGGUGUGCUCAAAGAUAUAAUGUUACCCAUGUCACAGAAUUGAAUCUUAGAAACCCGAAUCCGCACCUCCUUCUUCGUCGGCCAAAUGGUAAGCUUCUUGCCCUUACUGAUGAUUCUUGGGACCUCAGUGGUACCAUCUCUCUUUUGCUCUUCUCUGGCGUCAAGUAUUUAGAGUAUCUUGAUCUUAGUUGCAAUAACUUUCAUCAUUCAAUGAUACCUGAUCAGCUGGGAGAUCUCCUUGGCCUCAAAUAUCUGAAUUUAUCAAAUGCGGGUUUUUCUGGUGCAAUUCCAAACCAAAUGAGUAAUUUAUCUUCCUUGCGCACACUAGAUCUUUCUUGCUCUUUUUUAGUAGAUGAUAAGUCAUCGAUUUCGGUGAACUUGUCAACCUAUAAGAUAAUUCAUGAUUAUCCUUAUUCUUAUGUCUCUUCUGGCUUGCUCUUGAGUCAUGGAUUGUUAUGGUUGGAAAGGCUUACUGAACUUAGGUUUCUUGCACUAAAUGGGGUUGAUCUUUCCAUCGCGUCAUCUGCAAAGGGUUCCAUUCAACACCUUCCUCAAAUACAUAUGCUCAAUGCUGGUGGUAAUCGUGAUCUGUCAAUAGAUCUUCGUCACUUCUUUGAUCUUCCAUGGCCAUUUUUGCAAUUCCUUGACCUUCAAUUCUGCAAUACUAGUGGGAUUAUGUCAAACAAUAUGGGAAAUAUCUCUUCUCUAGUGGGACUAUCACUAUCAAACAACAACAUUCAAGGGCCCAUUCCUCCAUACCUGACAAACCUCUCAAACUUAGAGUACAUAGACCUCUCUUUUAAUAGCUUAACGGGAGUAAUUCCUUCAUCUAUUUCCAAUAUUGGGAACCUCCAAGCACUCGACUUAUAUCAAAAUAGCCUUGAAGGCCAAAUUCCCCAGACUAUAUGUGGCCUCUCUUCUUUGCAAACAUUAAUACUAACACUCAACAAAUUUAGUGGAAGAAUUCCUAGUUGCGUGGGUUACCUCACAAGACUAGAAGCCUUUGAUGUCUCUUACAACUCCUUAGAAGGUAAUGUUUCUCUCCCAUCUUUGUUCGUCAAUUCUAGUCCUACACAAGUUGGGAUGGCUUUUAAUGGUUUAACAGUAAGCACAGAUCAUAUGGAGAUGCCAACAUCCUUUCAGCCAAUUAUGUUGUGGUUAUCUUCAUGCAAUCUACAAGGAAAAAUUCCAGGCUACAUCUCUAAAUUGAAAAAUAUUCAAGUGCUGUACUUGGCGAACAAUAACCUGACUGGGAACAUUCCUUCUUGGUUAUGGCAACUUCCAAGACUGUCCAGUUUGGAUCUCUCUAACAAUAGUCUCUACGGAACCCUUCCACCUUCUUUCAGUCUUGCAAUGUCAUACAUGCCUUCAGAACUGAAUCUUGCACAUAGUAGUUUGCAUGGAAACCUUCCGUUUCCUCCCAAUAACAUAGAGAAUUUUGAUCUAUCUCACAAUCAGUUUUGUGGUUCAAUACCUGUCCAAAUGGGUGAGAAACUAAUGGAUGCCAAGUAUGUCUCCUUUUCAGGAAACAAACUCACUGGAGCCAUUCCACACACCCUUUGUUCUAAAAACAACAGUAUAAUGAGCCUAGACUUGUCGCAGAACUUUUUGAGUGGCACCAUACCUUCAACUUUUGGAAAUUGCACCUCCCUCAUUGCUUUAAACCUGGCAGAGAACAACUUAGCAGGAGAGGUUCCUUUCGAACUUGGAUAUGCAAGGAAACUUAAAGCGCUUCGUUUGGGCAAUAAUUACUUACAUGGGUCAUUCCCAAAAGUUAUACAAGACCUAAAAGAUUUGGAGUUUUUGGAUUUGGGUUACAGUUUUUUCAAUGGGAUUAUCCCUCCUUUCAUUGGUAAUCUCUCAGAGUUGCGUGUCCUCGUAUUAACAUCCAACCGUUAUAGGGGAAGUAUUCCUACUGAGAUAACCCAAUUGCACCGGCUUCAGUUCAUGGACUUAUCAAACAAUACACUGGAGGGACCCAUUCCAUCAAAUCUCAAAAAUUUUGAAGGCCUGAUCAAACAGACACCUGCAAUUCUUCUUGGGUACUUGAUUGAUCAUGUGCUUUUGAAUAUGGAACUGGAGUUUGCUAUGAAAGGAAUGCGUUAUGAUUUAAGUUCUGUUUACUCAUAUCGCACAGGAAUUGACCUAUCUAAUAAUGGGCUUGAUGGUGUGAUUCCUGAGCAACUGGGGUGGUUAAAAGUAUUAUCCAUGUUGAACCUCUCAAGAAACCAUUUGGAUGAACAAAUUCCACAUAGUAUUGGGAAUCUGAAAACCCUUGGAUCUUUGGACCUCAGCCACAACCAAUUAUCAGGACAGAUCCCCAUAAGCCUCACUACAAUAGACUCUUUGGGUUGGAUAGAUGUGUCUUUCAACAAUCUUAGUGGGAAAAUACCAUCCUCUCCACAUUUUGACACAUUUGCAUUGAAUCCUUUUGUAUUUUCUGGGAACCCAUUCUUGUGUGGGGGAUCAACAGGAAAGAAUUGCAUCUCUGAUCCUCAAGAGGAGGUUGAGGUUGAGGUUGGGGAGGAGAGAGAAGCAAAGUGGAGUAGGUGGGCUUGGUAUGGCAUGCUGUUUUUGAGUUAUUUCAUAGGCUUUUGGGGAGUUUUUGUGGUUUUGGCUCUCAAAAAAACGUGGAGGAUUAAGUAUUGGAAUGCAACAGGGGAGCUGGUGGAAAGGAUCAUGGGUUGUUUUGGCCAUCAUUAG